UAUAGAAAUUGACAUACCCUAAGUUGUAGGAAUCCUGUUUAACACAUGCAGUUGAUUUACAGUUUAAAAUAAUGAUCAGCUAUUUCUUUGUGAGCUGUUAAAGUGCUGCAAAAAGUCCUUAUGAUGCAGGAUGACAGUCACUAAAACAAUUACCUGGCAGUCUGUAUAACUUCAGAAGAAUUACAUUGCAGCAUUGUAUCAUUUUUUUUCUCAGGUGUGAAAGGCAUCCUGAAAAGCUCUGUUUAAUGGAAACGUGACAAAAAAAUAAGUGCGACCCACCAGGGCUAUCACUGCACGGCAUAGUCCAGUUCUGCCUGUUUGUUACCUCCCUUGCGAGUGCUGCCAAUCCCAUCUGUGGCUCGGCUAAUAAGUAGCUUAUUGGCUGCGCAGUCCCUCCCAGCCACGAAAAGCAGGAUGAUCGACAGCAAACACACACACACUCUCUCACACACUUGCGAGCAAAGAGCAGUCAGACACACACACUCCUUCUGACCUGAAUGUUCAUCUCUGCAUUAUUUUAGUUUUUAUCUAAUUGGAAGGUUACCCAGGCCCACACAACCAAGCACCCUACCCCAUGCCUCAGCCCGGCGGCCACUCCGUAGCCCCUUACCCAGUCCCUCCGAUGGGAUAUGGAGACCCCAGUCAAGCCCCUCCACCAGGCUUUAACAUGGGCUACAACCCAGGCCAGCCUCCUGUCAUGUAUCAGCCCGGUCCGGUUGGCCCAGGCCCAGCUCCUGGACAGGAAUAUGGUGCCCCUGCGGGAGGAAUCACCCCAGCCCCAGUUGGAGCUCCAGCUGCGGUUCCUGUUGGCGUCCCACCGGGGCUGGAAUACCUCACACAGAUUGACCAGAUCCUGAUUCACCAGAAAGUGGAACUCAUAGAAGCGUUAAUCGGCUUUGAGACCAACAACCAGUACGAGAUAAAGAACAGUCUGGGCCAAAAGAUCUACAAGGCCAAAGAGAAAAACGACUGCUGCACCAGGAACUGCUGCGGCUCGCUGCGUAGCUUUGACUUGAAGAUAAAGGACAACAUGGACAGGGAGGUCAUCCAUUUCAUACGGCCUUUCCGCUGCGUCUCCUGCUGGUGUCCCUGCUGCCUGCAAGAGAUGGAGGUCCAGGCACCACCGGGCACCACUAUCGGCUACGUCAAACAGGACUGGCAUCCUUUCGUACCGAAGUUUUCCAUCCAGGGAGCCAACAAAGAGACCCUGAUGAAACUGGAGGGACCCUGCUUUGCCUGUAACUGCUGUGGGGACGUCAACUUUGAGCUGAAGAGCAAAGACGGCGAUAAGCCCAUCGGUCGCAUCAGCAAGCAGUGGAGCGGCCUUUUAAAGGAAGUCUUCACAGACACGGACAACUUCGGCAUCCAGUUCCCGCUGGACAUGGACGUGAAGAUGAAAGCUGUGCUCAUGGGAGCCUGUUUCCUCAUUGAUUUCAUGUUUUUCGAGAAGGUCGGGGAGGCCAACCAGCGCAGCACUGUGUUUUCAUAACAGAGGAAGCAAGGAGGGGAAAACAACAGCAUGAGAGCAAGUGCCAGUUAUGCAUUUUUUGUCCAUGUAUUUUGUUUUUCCGAUCGUUUUUUCAAAUCCUUCCUUUACCAAUUUCCAGCCAAAGUGGUGCCAAUCCCAGGAUCCUUUUAUACACAGACCAAAAUGAGCAAACAAACUCUUGACUCCACAUGUCUGCCAAGUAUUGUUUUUGAAAUCUAUCCAAACUCAGUGACCGAUAACCAGCUGCUCCAUUACAAAUGUUCUUUACACUCCAGUUUGUUAACUUUUGAUCUGUUUUAAGUGAGUGAGCGUUCCUCCAACUGAGGUUUAAUCCCCCUAAAAGAAGGCCAACGUCACCCACUAUGUCUUUUUCAGUGGCCACACAUAGAAACAAGAGCGGAUAUAAAUACGUGUUUCAAUGUGCUUUAUAGUACACUGGCAAUAACACUUAAUGUUUAUGCCGUAUAUUUAUCUACUAUUGUCAUUAUCUAUCAUCUUACUUGUGUUUUAUGAAUAAAUCACAAUAGGUGUAGUGUAAGUGCGAUACUAUUGUGGGUAUAUACACUGCCUCGUUUUUUUUGCAGCUCACGAAUACUUUGUGUUUAGUGCUAUUUUGUUAAUGUGAGCAUGUAAAUAAGCUUAACUAACAUCAUCAACAUUAUACCUGCUGAGCAUUUUUAUUGUGAGCAUGUUCGCAUACUGUACUUAGCUUAAAGCACCGCUGUGCCUUUUUGUAAACGUGAGGUUAUGUGCACUAUUACCUUUUUGCAUGAAGCUGUGACUAGCUGAAGUGUCUUUUGGUUGCCUGUCAACUUCAUAUUAAAGGCAUUGCUCCCGGAAGUCACAACAUUAAGUUAGUUAAGUAAAGCAUAUGUAGCAUGUUGAUUAGUGAGCUUAGUGUUAGAUUUUGUAACUUUGAACAGCACAAGGCUAGCUGUUUCCACCCAUUUCCAGUCUUUAUGCUAAGCUAAGCUAACAGCCAGCAUGCUGUAGCUUCAUGUUCAUCCUACAGACAUGAGAGUGGUUUCAGUACGUGGCCAUCAGUGCUAUUUAGCAAACAUUAGCAUGCAAACAAGCUAAACUAAGAUGGUAAACAUUAUGACUGCGUAACAUCUGCAUGUUAGCACUGUCAGUGAGUAUGAUUACAUGCACAAAAUAUUCCGUUUUUUAGCCUUAUUCGUACUAAGCUGUUGACAGUUAAUAAAAACGAAUAUUCCACUAAUUUCCGUUCACAUGCAGCCGCGCAUACACAGAUCAACAUGCUCUAACAUGCCUUUCAAAAACAGAAAACUUGAGCUUAAAAAAUAACAUUUUCAAAGUUUUCUUACCAAUUCCACCAUAUGAACAAAACCUCAUCUUCAGCUCUGCGAUAUUUACACAUUUCCAAAUACCUGUAGAUAUCCAGGUCCUUGAUAAUAUUUAAAAGUAGGUGUAUUUCAUCUUCUGACCAAAAGGGCUUUCCUUUUGGGCCCUCAUCUCUACACCAGCCUUGUAAACUGUAGGGAAGUUGGUUUGUGAUAUAAUUAUACUGAUAAAAUUAGUUUGCAUGUUAGCAUGCUGACAUUAGCACUUAGCUCAAAGCACCAUUGUGUCCAAGUACAGCCAUCAGCAAAGCUGUAAAUCCUAUAAAUUAACAAAAGCUUCAUAUAAAACCUGAACUUUAGUCACAGUAAACAGGCUGUUAUUGUAUAGCUUAUAUAGGGAAGUGGUUGUUUUGUUGGCGAGAGGAGUGGGAGGAUGUUUAACGUCUUUUAGUCAGAGUUGACAAAUGCUGACAGUAUUUACCAAAGCUCUCUUUCUCUACCUCUCAGCUGCCUUUCUCUUCCUCAAAGCCCUCCUAGUGUACAUAAUCUAACAAAGCUGUAGCAUAGGCUAUGCACUGUCUAAAAGCUUCCAUGCUCCCUCUGUGUUAGGAGUUGCCAUGGAGACUGACACCACUGCCAAACCUCACCCUCCAAUUUCUCCAGAUACCACUGCCUUGAACAUGUGCCAGUGUAACGAUACAGGAAAGAAGACAGACAGAAGUAGGUUGAGAAGAGGAAUAAUGGAGUAAAGGAGGAAUAGAAAGGAAAUAAAAAAAGAAGUUGAGGUCAGUGAAUGUUGUUUUGACCUCACAGUGGCUGGAAAACCUGACCAGUGACGGGUUUAAGGAAACUCAUUGACUUUCUGUAGUUUAGUGUCGCAGAAAGAAACUUGAAUGUGAAAUAUUUGCUUGUAGCUCAUUUGAUCGCUGUGCUUUAGAAUGUUUUCUGCAGAUGUUGCCUAUUGCUGUUGAAUGCAACUCUCCACUCUGUGUUUAAUAAUCGCUCUCAUCGUUCUCGUAACACAUAACCUGGGCGUGCCUCCUGUGAGGCUUGGUUGCCACUAGUGCUCUCAAAUGCAGACCACAGCGUUCUAGUAACUAAAGAUAUCUUACAUGUAUUCUCCCAUCAGCCUCUGUGCAGAUUGACCUCUGAUAAGGAAAGCAGCCAAAGCAUGUACAGCACAUUUAUGCAAAUAUAUGUUCACUGUGUCAGUUUGAUGUUCAUCAGCACUUGCUUUUUUUAGUAAAAUCAGCUAUAUCUGCAGCAAUCUGUUCUAUCAGAUUCCUGCAUCAUUUAAAACUAUUUUGUACCAAUUGUUGUUUGUUGUUUUGUGAUAGUGAAUCACUUUUUUUACAGAAAAAAACCAA